AUGCUGGGUAGUCGUGUGUUUUUCUUAACAUUGUGUUCAGAAGCUCCAGCUUACUUGAUUGAUCUGAUGCAUGAUAAGAAUGCAGAAAUAAGAAAAGUUUGCGAUCAAACAUUGGACAUUAUUAUGGUAUGAUAUAAUAGUCGUAACGUAUCAGUUCUGAACUGUUCUCCCUAGAGGUCCAGUAAGGCUCUCGUCACUUACUAGUCCAGUGUUGUUACAUGCCCAUUUCCACUUUGGAAAAUUUUCCGCAGAAAGAAAAUUUUGUAAAAUGUGAUCGGUCGACACAAAUUUUCGGUCGGAAAAACAUUUUGAAGUUGAAAAUUUUCAACUUUAAACAAUGAUAUUUUUGGAAAAUUUUCCGUCCGUGGAAAUUUUUCUUGAGUGGAAAUGGGCUUUACAGGAAACCGGAGUUACUGAGGGAACCUGCGAUGUUCGUGAAAACACUAUUGUUGCACGUGACAGGUGUCCGGUUUUAUUUAUUUACUCAAUUUAGUUAUCCAUUUUUGAAAUUACAAAAAUAGUAUAAUAAGGACAGAUUAUACAGAACUAAUAGUUCCUUACAAGAUAAACUGCCUUGCAUGCAUGAAUAAAUAAUCUAUAUGAUAAAAAUAAUAUUCAACACUAAUUGCCUGUUCUAUUAUACCUAUCUAGCUAUUAUGAAUUUACAAAAAAUCAUCUAUAUUAUCGUAAACAUUUUUUGUGUAUUGAUGUUUUUCCUGAAAAUGUCAUAACUAUCAGUUCUACGAAUAGACAGAGGCACAUUGUUCCACAAAUCAACUAUACGAUUAAAAUACGAAAACUUAUAUAUAUUAGUUCUAAAUCUUUUCUUAUCUAAUUCUAGUUCGGAAUCUCGUAAGGAGUAGUGAAAACUAACUCUUGAAAUUUACAUACUUAAAAAUAUCGAAAUCUACUUUUUUAAUCAUGCACUUAAAAUAUAAAGCAUAGAUUUUCACUUCAAUAGCCAAUUGUGACCACGUUUUUCUUUAGGAAUUUGAUGAAGAAUGGGCGAGGAAAAUUCAAAUUGAGAAAUUCCGUUGGCACAACUCUCAAUGGCUUGAGAUGGUGGAAGGACAUCAGGACGAGAAUGAUGACGAUGAGUUGAUGAUGUACGGAGACGAACCUACUUUUAUUGAUAAUGGUGAUAUACUUGAUCGUCCAGAUUUAUUCUACGGUCAGCACGUUUAUGGCGAUAUUGGCAGCCGAGAGGGAGCUAGCACACCUGAGUUGAUGAUGAGAGGACCUGGAUCCGAGUAUGACGUAUAUGAUGAUGACGUCACCGGAAGUGAGCGCGGUUACAUGGGUGGGUACCCAAGUCCCGUGGAAGCGUACUCGGACGGCGGGAUGAUUAACGGCGAGGACUGGGACCAAGUGUUGGAUAAUCGACCUGGUAGUCGUUAUGGUCAGCGGCCUGCCAGUCGUCAUGGUUACGAUGGUGGUGGCGUGGAGUACGAUGAUAGGCCGGUGUCAAGGCACGGGUAUGGUCAGGAAUAUGGUUAUAGAUAGACCUCUUGGUUGGCCUGGAUCCCAACUUCAGAUAAGUGUGUGAUGUAUAAAAAAGCACUGUAAUAAUAUUUCACUUUAGGGAGACACAGCCCUGUUCCAAGGGCCUUAAUAAGAUUUCCAGGGCCUUAAUUGGCUCGAAACCUUGUUUGCAGGGCCUCAACUUGCUGGCAACCUCAAGAACUGCAAAUUGAGCAGUUCACUGAGUGAUCUAUGUACAUAACAGAGCCAGAGGGUUUUUUAACAUGUAAAAUACAUACAAUGUACAUGCGUCUGUAUAUAUUGAUAAUUUGAUAUAUAUAUAUAUGAUCGAAUAUAAAAGUAUCGAAUAUAAAAAGUUUUACAUCUCAUGUUGAUG